AUGGUAUCGACGAGGCAGAUGAGUAGUAUAGGGAGUGGGAACGGAAAUGGGAGCAACGAUGGCGCGGGGCCUUCGCAUGCAGAACCUGUGACUGUGGCGCGUGUAACUCGUCACUCCAGUGCCCAUUUUCCAGGCGGCUCAUCUCCGCAUAGCAGUUCUAAGAAUGCAAUAGUUCCGGCUCCUAAAACAUUUACUACAAGCCUUGGUGAUAUGCCUGUAGAAGUCAUUGAAAAGAUUUUUCGUUACGUCGGUUAUAGAAGUGUGUCACACCUUAGAUUGCUUAACCGACAGUUCAACACAAUAUGCAGUGACAUCUUAAAUUCUACAUUUCAAAGAUUACAAAAUCAAAUGCUGCACCGGUUCCAAGCUAUUAAGGCUAAGAUGCCUCGACGAGAGUCUGCACGAAGGAGUCACCCCCUUGCUUGUGAAUCGGAUAUCAUUGAGACAUUGCAUAUGCGACUAAGUUUAUUGCAAAUGACUUUUGGCAAACACAUUGAAAGGAAACAUUGUUGUUUUUUCCCUGGGGAGAUAUUAGAUGAAGUGUAUGGUAUAUUAUCUUAUUUAAAAACAACAACAAAAUUGGCAAGGCCUUAUAAAGUGACGGAUGAGCUGUUUGAUUUGACCACGAUGGCGAUGGAAUACUUUAAGGAGCACAUUGAACCGAACUUACCAGAAAUCACAUACUUUGGCACUGAUUUCUUUGACAUCACUACUGCGUUCUCACCGGGUGAGAGCAGUAAAUCAUACAUGUGUUUGGACUCGCCGCCACCAAGUGGCUUCGAGUCGUCGUCUCAGCAGGCUGGCGGAAAUUCGUCUGGUGAUCGCCGUGUUUCUUCGCUCAACCCAUAUUUGGAGGAGAGUCUGCCACCAUCGCCGCCACCACCACAGAGCAACAUGGUGCUGAGGAAGCGGAUACACCGUAUCAAGCAGGGGAUGAAAAAAUAUAACGAUCAGCUAUCGGCGUUACGCAGCGAUCUGCGCAGCUGUAAGCGGAAAACCGCGUUACAACAGAAACAAAUCGCGGAACAACAAAAACAAAUUGCGGAACAACAGAAGCAGACGCUCGAGUACGCGAAUCGUUUGGACGAUUACGACAAGAAGAACGAGGAGACGAGCCGAAAAUUUCAAACGCUAUUGCAGGAGCUAAAUAAAUGCAAGACGGAGCUGCAAUACUGGCGGUCGCGUUCGCCGGCCGUGCCGCCGCUCUGCGCCGAGUGCGGUGCCUCGCUGCGACUCUCGCCCGUCGCACCACUUGCCCAGUGGCCAUCCGGAUCGAGCGCUGAAGCCAGCGAAGAAACGGCCGGCGGAAGCAAGGAGCCGGUAACCGUGAGCGUGUUGGAAACGCCAACAGAGAUCCCUCUCAAGAAUGAACAUAAGUCGGAAGCCAGUAGCGGUGAGGAAACGGCCGCCAACACACCGCCUACGCGCCGCCGUGCAUCCGCCGACGCCGCUUCAGCCACCCCCGACCGCAAAAAGCGACGUUUAACACGCCCGAGGAAACUUUGA